AUGAAAAAAUUCACCAAGAUCCUGCCCCGGCGCCUACAGGGCCGUGGAGAGAAUAGCUCUGGCAAGCCAAAGGGCCUGGCUGGUCCGCCACUCGAGAGCGCGCGCGACCACCACCAGCUCACCCCGCGCAAGGGCAUCCCGAUCAAGAAGCCCACCAGGACCGGCGCCAGUCGCAUCGUCGCCGGGGUACCAUCUGAUGGGAAGAAUGGUACCAUCCAGGAGCACGGAAAUGGGCCGGCUGCGGUGACUGGAAACGCGCAUGCCAACGGCAAGGAAAACGGGAAUGCACCGGCGCUGUCAGGUGCCGAGCCGGCCGUCGCUGCUGCUCCCCAUGGAAGUGCUGCUGCCCACAAAACCCAGCUCAUAUGUGAGCCUUGUGCGGCGAUUGGAUUCCCGAGACUGCUUGAUUGGAAACCUGGCGAGGCCAGACCAUGGGUGCCGCUCGCUCACACUCUCAAGGACAACUCCAACUGCCCUUACUGUACCUUUUUCCAAGCCAUGGUUGGCCAUGUCCCCGGCGCCGGCCCUGAUGGGGCGGAACCUUCCACUGCUGAUUCUCUGAAUGCCUCAGACACAGAGGCGCAUCAACUGGCCGGCACUAGCACCUUUACGCCAUACUUUCGCGUCAGACACGCCUUCGAGCGACUCGGCAUCAGCCAAAAGCAUGAGCUCGGUAGGGCCGUCCUAUUCGAAGUCACGACCAAGAAUAAGUCACUACCCCGCGGCUACAUCCUGCGCGCCGCAGACGAUGAAACUGGCGUCGACGGAUAUCUCGAGUCCUCUCGAGAAGACGGAGCGAGCAGUGAGACAGGGACACAAUCCAGCCAGCCCUCGUCACAUCUGCCGCCUUCCAACCUAUUACGAGGCCGCUCCGUGCCUGCGUCUCUCGAUCCGUCUUUGCCACGCUGCUGGAUCGACUACUGCAAAGAGAACCACGCCGACGAGCGCUGUGCUGCAAAGGUAGCUGCUCUGGGUAAAGCACCUUUAAAACUCAUUGACAUGGAGAGCCGCAAAAUCCUUCUAGCGACGGAACUAGGGGCGGAAAGGUAUGAAUACGUUACACUCAGCUACGCACUCGGAGACUCAGAGCUAGAGUCGUUUUCUGAGUCUACUACACUACCCAAACCUCUGCCGGCAUUAUUUGAAGACUCGAUUUCACUAGCCUUGUCGUUGGGAUAUCGCUAUCUAUGGAUCGAUCACUAUUGCCUACCCCCACGUGAACAUAAAAUGGAACGAAGGCAACAGCUGGAUUUAGUCGGACAAGUUUUCGCGGGCUCCGCGUUGACACUGGUCGUGGCAGCUGGGGACAGCAUCACCCACGGCAUCCCUGGCAUAAGUGUUUCCCGUGACCAGGACCAGCUUUCGCUCCAGAAUGAGAGUGGUCUAUUCACAACUUCCCUCCUGCGUCCUGAUGUUGAAGUUGCUGCCUCUCGAUGGGCACACAAUGCCUGGACGCUCCAGGAAGGUCUCCUGGCACGACGGCGCCUUGUCCUGACGCCCUCCCAGGCUUAUUUUCAGUGCGGUGCUCUUCACUGCCAUGAGAGCAUCAGCAUACCGUUGCGUCUCGCUCCAAGCUUUACACUGGGACGCAUAUUUCCCCUAGACGGCAUUGCCAGUGCCGAUAUCCGAAAUCUGAUAGGAACAUAUAUGACUCGUGAGCUUUCAAGGUCGCAGGAUCGCUUAGACGCUUUUCGUGGGCUCUCUCGAGCGUAUGCGGCAAGAGACAAAGCUCGUGUCGAUACCUUUAUGGGCUUGCCGCUUUUUGAUCCUGAUUCUUUUACCAAUCUAAAGGUUGUUAGCCAAACUGAUCGUCUGGCUAUCGCGAUGAGCUGGACGUGGUCUGGCCGAGUGGUCUCGUCGAGCCAAGAGGCAAAUAGCGAUCUGGAGCCAUGCUAUCUUGACAAGACUGCCCCCUUUCCGUCUUGGACCUGGCUGUCUUGGCGUAUCCGAGAGGGCCAGCCCAUUUCACAAAGCGGCCGUUCGUUCCACAUACCCCAGACAGCUGACCAACACCUACCCGUGGCUGAUGGCCUAUGCUCGCCUCCUCGCAUGGAGAUUUCCGUGGGUUUUGCGGAUGGCCUGUUGGUUUCGUGGGAAAUUGAUGGUGUCGCGAUUUCACGCCGUGCGGAGCCCAUCACCUUCCUUCGCAUCAAGACAUUUUGCUUUGACAUCAAAGUUACUAAAAAAGGCGACGAGUGGCAGGUGACUGAGCCUGCUGAUGUAUUGGACCAGGCAGCACGAGACACCAUCCUUUUACUGGUCCGCUCCUCCCACACCCCCGCAAACAUCGACCCCAGCGUAGCCUCGGAGAUUUCAGAUGAGGAGUUUCCGGUCACGGCCAUGCUUCUCACAGGAAGAAACUGGCGUCCCGCUGAGACGAGUCCAGAAACGAAGACGCCGGAGACUUUGGCAGAGCACUCCGUUGCCGCGCUCUUGUGCGCACCAAAAGAAUGGCAGGCAGAACAGUCGCUCGUGCGAUUGGGCAUUGUAUGCUUUGGCUCGACGGAACUGAACAUGAAGGAAUGCAAUAAUGAAGAGGAUGGCGAGGAGGCUACCCUCGAGGGCGUAGCCUCCGUCUCUGGGGGGGAGAAGAAGAGCCUCGAGACCAAGAUGCGAGAGCUUGACCUUUACUGA